UUUAUCAAAAUCAAUAAAAAGUGUUAGAUUUCAUUUCAGACACAGGAUUUCACUUUCUCUCUCUCUCCCUCAUCCUCUUCCUCUUAUGUGAAACUAAUAAUAGAAGAUAGAAACAGAAAGAAAAAAAAGAAGGAAAAGAAUGUCUCUUCACACUCCAUUGAUUGUUGAAGAAACAAAGCAAAACAGCAAGGAAGAAGAUAGAAGAGAAUUGAUUAAAGAAGUGAAAAAACAGUUAUGGCUAUCAGGACCGUUAAUUUCAGUUUCACUUUUGAAUUUCGGUAUCAAUCUCAUUUCUGUUAUGUUUGUUGGCCAUCUUGGUGAGUUAGCUCUUUCUGGUGCUUCCAUGGCUACUUCUUUUGCCUCUGUCACCGGCUUCAGUUUAUUGGUUGGAAUGGCAAGUGGAUUGGACACAUUAUGUGGACAAUCAUUUGGCGCAAAACGGUACCGCAUGUUAGGUGUACACACGCAGCGAGCAAUGUUCAUUCUCAUGAUUAUCGCGGUUCCCCUCGCGAUUAUUUGGGCAAACACAAGAUCCAUUCUCAUUUUACUCGGCCAAGAUCCUGAAAUAUCGACGGAGGCAGGAAACUAUGCUAAGUUAAUGGUUCCGUGUCUUUUUGCUUAUGGUCUAAUACAAUGCCUCAACAGAUUCUUACAGACUCAAAACAUUGUAUUUCCAAUGAUGUUUUGCUCCGCGGUUACGACAUUACUUCAUAUUCCUCUAUGUUGGAUUAUGGUAUACAAGUCUGGAUUGGGUGGCAAAGGGGCCGCCGUAGCAAUUUCAAUGUCUAAUUGGUUGAAUGUUAUUUUACUCUCACUUUAUGUCAAGUUUUCUCCUUCAUGUAAAAAUACUUGGCAUGGUUUUUCGAAGGAGGCGCUAGUACUUAACAGCAUCCCUAUUUUCUUGAAGCUUGCCAUUCCUUCAGCUCUAAUGGUUUGCUUGGAAAUGUGGUCAUUUGAGUUAAUAGUUCUCCUUUCCGGUCUUCUUCCAAAUCCAAAGUUGGAGACAUCGGUCCUUUCUAUCUGUUUGAAUACACAAGCAGCUAUUUGGAUGAUACCAUUUGGACUUAGUGAAGCAGUAAGCAUUCGUGUUUCGAAUGAACUAGGGGCUGGAAAUCCACAGGCUGCACGUUCGGCUGUGCGCAUUGUUGUGGUGAUUGCCAUUAUUGAGAGCGUUUUAGUCGUAACAGUGAUGUUUCUUAUGCGCAAUAUAUUAGGCUAUGCUUAUAGCAAUGAAGAAGAAGUUGUCAAAUAUGUAGCAACUUUGCUGCCGAUUCUCGCCCUAUGCCACUUCCUCGAUGCACUACAAUGUGUUUUGUCAGGCACGGCUAGAGGAUGUGGUAGGCAGGAAAUUGUUGCCUAUGUUAAUCUGGGAGCAUACUAUUUAGCCGGGAUUCCAGCGGCCGUUGUAUUAGCUUUUGUAUUGCAUGUUGGUGGGAAGGGGCUGAUACUGGGGAUGAUAUGCGCACUCGUUGUUCAACUAUCUGCUCUAAUGAUCAUUACGAUACGCACCGAUUGGGAGAAAGAGACAAAGAAGGCUUCUGAUAGAGUCAAUGAUUCAAUAACAACCGAGAGCUUAAUCUCAUGAAGAAGAUGAUUUUUAUUUUUGUUUUGUCAGUGUGUUUUGUUUUCUUAUGCAUAUGACAUUUAUACUACUAGAAAAGGAUAUACUUAUGCAUAUGAGAUUUAUUACAAGGAUAAAUUGGUGAUAAAUAUGUGUUGUGUUGUGAUAUCAUUAUCUUCCAGUGUUGAGUUUGGAUGGAAACUGCAUUAGCUUGAUUUUAAAUGUGUUCUUGCAUGGAGAGUUUGAUAAGGUGUAUAUGGAUAUUCUUCGUAAGAUACAGUCAUCAGUCUACUCGCAUAAUAGUCUCUAUGCAUUACUGUUGUCCUAUUUGAUGAUAAAACUUGACUACAGAUACUUUAAGAAUAACAUCCUUAUAUUUAAUGAAGUCUCGCCAUUAAGUCACACUUAAUGUAUCAUCAAACCUACUAAUAAUUCUAAGGAUCCAACACGACUUUCCAUUUUUGACUCUGACCGUUACAGGAUCCAGAAUAUCACUCUGUCAGAUACAAUAUCCUUCAUAAAUCAGAGAAACAUUACGUUUCUAAAGGGUUAUUUGGCGUUACGAAGUCGUUUAAUGGUCAUUAGACCAAUUAAGCUGAGGUCUAAGUUUUAAAAAGGAGUGAAAAGGUGGAACCCCAACAAUAAUGUAGAGAAUUGAAUAUUUGGUAAAAUGCU